AUCAGUUCGACUUUCGACGCGCUGCCAGAAACACCGUGAGCACCGCUUAACCAAAAAAAAUAUACAUAAAUUCCCGACCGAUCCCAGGAAUAUCUGACGCAAUGAGCGCCGUGGAUGCCAUAAUCAAUUACAAGCGCAGUCCCAACGAGGACUUCUACGGUCUGCUCCACUGCGAUGAGAACUCAUCGCCCGAGCAGAUCCAGGCCGAGUACAAGGUCCUGGCCCUCCAGUACCAUCCCGACAAGAACUCCGGCGACAAGGAGGCGGAGGCCAAGUUCCAGCAGUUGAAGGAGGCCAAGGAAACCUUGUGCGAUCCCGAAAAGCGGGCCAUUUACGACAAGUGGCGCAACAGCGGCAUCUCGAUGAGCUACAAACAGUGGCUGGGCAUGAAGGAGCAUGUCGGUCAGUCCAUGCACUGGGUCACCCCCAAGACCAAGGACCGCAUGCUGCCGGAGACCGGAGGAGCAGCUGCCCAGGCACCUGGAUCCGGAUCCGGGGCAGGAUGCAGCAGCGGAGGCCUGACCGCAGCCUCCCCCAACCCCGCCCACCGGCGGGCCUCGGAGGGCGGGGCGGCCUUGUACUACGGCAGUCGCAAGGGCGAGUGGGGCGGCGAGAACACCGAUGUGGCCAACAAGUUCCGCAACUACGAGAUCUAGGAUGCGCGUCGCCCACAGAUACAAGUUUCAAUUUAAAAAUAUUUCAAGUCAAGCCGAGCGGGAGGCGAAAGUUAUGCAAUUAUAUCAAAAUAUUCUGAAGAGGGAAACAAAGUUUAUUAUCGAUGUGUAACUUAAGUGUUGCGAACUACAGAUUACAGAGCACAGAUACUCUUAUAUAGAUGUUUAUAGGUGUACAAAAAUAUAUAUAGAAAAAUGGUAAUUAACUAACGUAUCUCUAAGUGAAAGAAACUGUAAUUUCAAUAAACUCCCCCGAUGAAAAAUCCCAGGCGGAGCGGCAAGAAUUUAAGUUGAAGUAAUUAGUCAAAUUUUAUCGCAGUCAAGCAUAUAAAUAUACACACCAUAUACUAUAUAUAUUUAUGUAAUCAGUGUAUUUGUAUAUCGAUGUUUCAAAGUACCAUGAAUGUACCCCCAAGACAAUCCCUUGGCAGCAAACAAAACUAAACUAAAGCGAAAGCUGAAGCUAAAGCUGUAACUAAACUAAACUAUUACUAACCUAGUGACAGUCUAGCGAUUUACCCACCACGAGCCAGAAAAUGAGAACAUACUGAAAGACAUGGUAAAGCGAAUUUAAACCUUUAUACACACGACACAUUUGCAUAGUCAAAAAAAGUACAUAUAUUAUAUCUCACUCGGUGUCCUUUUUAACUGCAACAUUGCGAAAAGCCCCAAUGAACUGUUUUCCCUACCUGAAAAAUCAUUUUCGCAGAAAAACUACAAAAAAACGUGACAAAAUAUCAAAGAAAAAUCAAAAAAAAAUGUGCAGAGAAAUUUAUAUAAAUGUUUUGAUGGAUAGAGCGGUGAACUUUUCAACUUAUACAGCUAGCAGAGAUUAUUGUCAUUAUUAUUGUACUAUUACGCGCAGCGCAGAGAAAUAAUUACUACAUAAAUGUUGUUGCUGGAUUUAAAUGCAUUACUUAUACAACUACA